AUGACCUCGCAGAUUUAUCGCGUUGAAUACGGUAUAUUUGCUACCACAGAAUUGUCAGGGCGUAUGCAGCUGUAUGAACCAUCCACAUACCUCCCUUUUGUGAGAAGCCGUGGCUAUAAACGCCACAAUCACUCAGUCACGGACCCGUUCCACCUUUGA